GCUCCCGACUGUAAACACGGUGUCCCUCCGCGCCGGGCUUGGACAAAGUAGGGCCGAGUCCAAAACCGCCGUCCACGCCACACUUGGGCAAAAAGUGAAAGUGGCCGCUCGGACGCACCGCCGGCAUCGCUUUGUCACGUCGUCGACAUUCCCACGCGUGUCGGCAACACUUGAGUGCCACGGAGUUGGUGUCGCUGCCCAAAGACUAGGUCAGAAUACACGCCGCUCUCUCAGUUUUUAGACUAGGCACCUUGUCGACGUCUCGCUGUGAGUUUCACUAAGUCCGCUUUAAGCUGACAUUUUGGAAUAAAUAAGUUAUUCAGACAUUUUUUUUUCCGGGGGAAAGUCUUGGGACGGCGAGAGGCGUUCAAAGCAAGCGGAGGGAUAUGAGCUAACCGCGGGUUCACAAGCCCCGCCUACUUCCCCGUUCACCUUCCGCCGACCGCGCACGGACGAUUUGAUUGGUCCGGCGGACUCGAAAGGCUCCCAGCCAUUGGUCGGACGCGCUGUCACUCACGCAGCGAUGCCUCUCAGUGCAGCCCAGGCUCCAUUUGCCAUAAGUAAAUAGUUCGCUUUACAUCAACUAACAAGAAUUGGAUCGUUCUCAUCCCGGCGAGCACGGCCGCUACUUGGUGGCCGAGAUUUGGAAGCUUCUAAGCGGACCGCAGCGAAGCUCGCAACACCCCCCCCCCCCUUCCAGCGGAUGCGGAUACCCUGAGCGGGAGCUGGCCAGCUGAGGUGAAGGGGAGGGCAGUCGGAUGUUUCUGUCCUGGAGGACCAUGAUCUGAGGACCACCUUCGUGCUCGACUCCCGUCAACCCUCUCUUCUUUCCACACGCCGCCGGGGCCACAGUCAGCCUCGCCCGCCGUCUCCUGGGGGGAAAAAAAAAAAAAAGCCAGCCCUGACGUGUGCAGAGAGGGCAAGCGGGUGUUUAAAGAAAUAACAGCCUCGUUCGCCUGUGACCCCUGACCUCGCACGCACCCCUCCCCGACCCCCGGCCCUCCCACCGCAGCAGCAGCACCAUGGGGAGGAAAAAGAUUCAGAUUCAGAGGAUCACCGAUGAACGCAACAGACAGGUGACGUUCACCAAGCGGAAGUUUGGCCUGAUGAAGAAGGCGUACGAGCUGAGCGUGCUGUGCGACUGCGAGAUCGCCCUCAUCAUCUUCAACCACUCCAACAAGCUCUUCCAGUACGCCAGCACCGACAUGGACAAGGUCCUCCUCAAGUACACCGAGUACAACGAGCCCCACGAGAGCCGGACCAACGCCGACAUCAUCGAGACGUUGCGAAAGAAAGGCUUUAACGGCUGCAACAGCCCCGAGCCCGACGGCGACGACUCCAUCGACCAAAGUCCGCUAAACGACGACAAGUACCGCAAGACCGAGGACCUGGACAGCCUCUUCAAGCGCUACGGCUCUGCCAUCCCGCAGCCCACCUUCUCCAUGCCCGUCACCGUGCCCGUGUCCAACCAGAGCGCCCUGCAGUUCAGCAACAGCCCGGGCAGCACUCUGGUCACCACCGCCUCCUACGUCACUUCCGCCCUCAUGGACCCCCGCCUCCUGUCGCCGCAGCAACCGGCCCUGCAGAGGAACACCGUCUCCCCGGGACUACCACAGCGACCCGCCAGCGCAGGUGCUCUCCUUGGAGGAGAUCUGGGAAACUCCAACGGGGCGUGUCCUAGUCCAGUCCCUAACGGCUACAUCAGCGCCAGGGCGUCGCCGGGCCUUCUGUCCGUCUCCAACGGCAACGGCCUGGUCAAAGUGGUCCCGGCCAAGUCUCCGCCCCUUCCCAAUCCUCAGAUGGUCAACAGUCGCAAGCCGGACCUGAGGGUCAUCACCUCGCAGGGUGGCAAGAGCCUCAUGCAGCUGACAGAAGAAGAGCUGGAGCUGGUGAGCGAGAAUGCUCAGCGGCUCGGCGGCUCGCAGGUUCCACAGCCGCUGACCACCCCCGUGGUUUCUGUGGCCACUCCCAGCCUCCUGGCGCCUUUCUCCGGCAUGCAGACCCCCUACAACACUGAGUACCAGCUGACGAGUGCAGAUCUCACCGCGCUGCAGACGUUCACGCCACCGGGUCUGGUGCCUGGCAACAUGGCUGCCUGGCAACAGCAACAGCAGCCCGCCGUCACCCAGCAACAGCAGUCGCAGAUCAGCCUGGCGUCGCUCACCAACUUGGUCAUGUGGGGUGCGGACAAGCAGAGUGCGGAGAUGGCUAACUGCAUCUCCAACAUUGCUGCUAACCUCAGGCCGAUGGCUCCCCUCCCCCACGGCGCGGCGCUGACCGUCAACACCAACCCUCACGUCAACAUCAAGUCCGAGCCCGUCUCGCCCAACCGGGACCGCAGCACUCCCGGCGCCACCGCCGGGGCCCAGAUGCACGGGCAGGGCGUGGCCGGGGUGUCCUACGGCCGCUCGCCCGUCGACAGCCUGAGCAGCAACGGCAGCUCGUACGACGGCAGCGACCGCGACGACGGCGCCCUGCGGGGGGGCGGGGGCCCGGACUUCCACCACCAGCCCGGCGCCGCCGGCCUCCUGCAGCCCACCAUGGUCCUCCUCAGGCCCGCCUCCACCGAGCCCCAGGACCAGGACGGCGCCAACGUCAAGAGGAUGAGGCUGGACGCCUGGGUCACAUAAGGGGAUGAACUCGAAGAACUGGUCCCCACACACACACACACACACACACACACACACACACACACACACACACACACACACACACACACACACACACACACACACACACACUCUCUUGUAUUUCUGACCUUCUCGAGACGUGAGAAAAAAGCCUCCCUCUUUAUAGGACCAGCCUUUCUAGAUAUAUAAAGAUGUGUAUUUACAACAUUAAUAAUAUAUACGUACUAUGCAAAUAUAAAAAAAGCUUGUUGUGAAAAAUUUGUUGGAAUUUCACAAGAAAAACGUCGAAUUUUGUCAGUAUUAUAAUAAAAGUCGUCAUUUAACUUGACGCAACUCAAAAUUUAACAAGAAAAGCUGAACAUUUGUGCGAUAUUAUGAUAAAAGUUGGAAUUGUACUCAAUAACAGUCGCAAUUUUGCAAGAAAAAGCUUAAAAUGUGGGCAAUUUUGUGAAAAGAGUCGUAAUUUUACUUGACAAAAGUCACAAUUUUUUAAAAAAGGUUUAACAUUUUGGCAAUAUCAUAACAAUAAUCUUAUAUAUUUGGCAAAAUGAUGACAAAGGUCAAUACUCCAAAAAUGCCACUAUUUUACAAGAACACCAAAAAAUUGGCAAUAAAAUCUAAUCCAUUAUUAUUAUUAUUAUUAUUAUUAUUAUUAUUAUUAUAAAGGUCAGAAUUUUAUUUUAAAAAGUUUUACAUUUUGGCAAUAUUAUAACAAUAAUCUAAAUUAUAUUUGGCAAAAUGAUGACAAAUGUCAUUACUCCAAAAAUGCCACUAUUUUACAAGAACAUCAAAAAAAUUGGCAAUAAAAUCUAAUCCAUUAUUAUUAUUAAUAUAAUAAAGGUCAGAGUUUUAUAAGAAAAGUUUAACAUUUUGGCAAUAUCAUAACAAUAAUCGUAUAUAUUUGGCAAAAUGAUGACAAAGGUCAUUACUCUAAAAAUGCCACUAUUUUACAAGAACACCAAAAAAAUUGGCAAUAAAAUCUAAUACAUUAUUAUUAUUAUUAUAAAGGUCAGAAUUUUAUUUAAAAAAGUUUUACAUUUUGGCAAUAUUAUAACAAUAAUCUGAAUUAUAUUUGGCAAAAUGAUGACAAAGGUCAAUACUCCAAAAAUGCCACUAUUUUACAAGAACACCCAAACAAUUGGCAAUAAAAUCUAAUCCAUUAUUAUUAUUAUUAUUAUUAGUCUAAAAAAUGUCUGAAUUUUAUAAGAAACGUUUAACAUUUUGGCAAUAUCACAACAAUAAUCUGAAUGAUAUUUGGCAAAAUGAUGACAAAGGUCAAUACUCCAAAAAUGCCACUAUUUUACAAGAACAGCAAAAAAUUUAGCAAUAAAAUCUAAUCCAUUAUUAUUAUUAUUAUUAUUAUUAUUAUUAUUAUUACAAAGGUCAGGAUUUUAUUUUAAAAAAGUUUAACAUUUUGGCAAUAUCAUAACAAUAAUCUGAAUUAUAUUUGGCAAAAUGAUGACAAAGGUCAAUACUCCAAAAUGUCACUAUUUUACAAGAACACCAGAAAAAAUUGGCAAUAAAAUCUAAUCCAUUAUUAUUAUUAUUAUUAUUAUAAUAAAGGUCAGACUUUUAUAAGAAAAGUUUAACAUUUUGGCAAUAUCAUAACAAUAAUCUGAAUUAUUUUUGGCAAAAUGAUGACGAAGGUCAAUACUCCAAAAAUGCCACUAUUUUAAAAGAAUACCAAAAAAAAUUGGCAAUAAUAUCCAAUCCAUUGUUAUUACUAUUAUAAUAAAGGUCAGAAUUUUAUAAGAAAACUUUAACAUUUUGGCAAUAUCAUAACAAUAAUCUGAAUUAUUUUUGGCAAAAUGAUGACGAAGGUCAAUACUCCAAAAAUGCCACUAUUUUACAAGAACACCAAAAAUAUUAGCAAUAAAAUCUAAUCCAUUAUUAUAAAGAUCAGAAUAUUAUAGGACAAAUGUCAGCAUUUUCCAUUAAAAAGUAAUAAUUUUAACAUUUAAAAAAAAGUAAUCAUUUUACGAGGAAAAUAUUGCAAUAUUACAGAAACAGAAAGAAUAUGAGAAAUUUUUGCCAAUUUUAUAAGAAAAAAGUCGACGCAUUGUCAGAAAAAGACAGAUUUUAGUUACAUUUUUUUGUUUGUAAUUGGUUAUUAUUUAUUCUAUUUAUUUGUAAUCAAUUUUGGCCAAAGGGGGCGAAUUUAAAUUUCUUACACACACUUGUUAUUACAUAUGUUGGCCAGAGGGGGAGCACUUCAAAAAAAAAAUUACACACAUAUGUUAUUUCAUAUGUUGACAGUCAAUUAUUUUGGGACCACCCUCAUGUUGAUAGAUGUCACCACCAGGGGUGCUAAUGAGACAUUCUCUAUUAGACGCAAUGGUUUCCAGUAUUGAGACCAUGAUUUCGGUCCUCUUAUGGAAGCUACUUUUCCUUGCUGGUGUCUCAAGAAGGGUAGAAAUACAAGAACACACACACACACACACACACACACACACACACACACACACGCAUGCUAACAUGUACACUCGUGUUUCCUCACACAGACCUCGACACCAGAACCACAACCAGACCGCAUCUGGGGCGUCAUUUGAGUCUUUUAGGGGCCGCGUAGAACCCCUGACAGGCAGGACAAACAUUUCCCAGCAUGCUUUGCGUGCACCGCUUUGCAUGUCACGGCGAGUCGUCGUCGCCCGCGUCCGUCGAAGACGCGGGAAAAGUCCGCCCGAGUCGGACUGAGGGGUACCGAUUGGACCUGGCUGGAACGGUUUUGUCGCCGCGCGGAAAUCAGGGAUGUGUGUGUGUGUGUGUGUGUGUGUGUGUGUGUGUGUGUGUGUGUGUGUGUGUGUGUGUGUGUGUGUGUGUGUGUGUGUGUGUGUGUGUGUGUGUGUGUGUGUGUGUGUGUGUGUGUGUGUGUGUGUGUGUGUGUGUGUGUGGUCCUUCGGUCAGACUCGAUGUCGGUGAAGUGAAGCGCGUCGGGGCGUGUACAUAAAUAAUAAUGUGGCUUUGCGUGUGUUGAAGAGUUUUAUUGAUAAUAAUAAUAAUAAUAUUCAUAAAUGACGUCACAGGGAUUGUAUAUAGCAGCUCAGUAUUUGGCAGGAAGCAAGACCAGGCAGAUUCUCAGUGGAACUCUUUUCUUAUCGUUGACUAUUUAUGCGUGUACAGAAAUAGUGUCAUGGGGUGGAGCAGCCACCAGAGGGCGCCGUGGGGGACGGAAAAGGGAAGAGUUUUUUCAGUCAGCGAUGAGGAAGUGCACUUUACCUUCACACACACACACACACACACACACACACACUGUACAUGUCAGUACACUUCAGAUGUUGCACUUAUUCUCCAAACUCCUGAACUUUAAAUCAGGUUUUAAUUUGUAAUAUUUAAAAAAAACACAAAAAAAACAUCAAAUGUAUGUGGCCACGAGAGUCACACACUCUAAAAACAUCAUUUUCUUGACAAACUCGCUAAAAAAAUAUGUAUCUGGGAAAAAAAAUAAUUUUAGGAUUUAUUUAUUGUGUUUGGUAGUUGUUGGUUUUUUUCAGCUAACGUUAAUUUAAUGAUGUGUCGAUGUCAGGCUAAAAUGUUGGUCGUGCAGUUCAGAGGCAGCGCCACCAGAUGGCAGUGUUGUCUGCUGAUAAUCUUCUUUGUGGUCGCAUUCAAUAUGCCUUUAUGCAACCAAACAAAACAUGGAUUUUGCAAUACAC